UACAUGCAGGUGUGUGUGAGCUGCAAUGUGCAGGUUGUAUAGAUUAUGGCCUGUUCUGGGUCUUCUUAAUGGCCUGUGUAAUUGGAUGCCUGUAGCAAAAAGCCAGGAAGCCUUGCGAAGAGAAGAUGUUCCUUCUUUUGUUAAUGAGCUCUUCAGGACGGUCGAGUGUCCAGAAAACCAGCAGCUCUGUGAGAAGUGUCUUCCUCAAGAUUGGUUAAUGUCAGAAGUGGCGGAUGAUGGGAAUGACCUCAUCAGUGAGGACACCUACCUUAAAAUAUUCACCAUGUUCCUUUAUUAUAUCAUCAACAUGAGGCAGAUUUGUUCCUCCAAUGCCUCAUCUUUGUCAACCUCCUCCUCCUCCUUUUCACCUGUAUAUCACAAUUUCUCAUACUGCCUCCAAGCUCUGACUUCACUCCACUCAUCAGAAGAUGAACAUUUCCUGUCAACCAAUGAAACAGAGAGCAUCCUGCAACUCAUCAGCCAACCAGAAAAAAGUCCUGCCUCAAAACACACACAGUGCAUUGAUGCUGCACACCUGAUGAAGGAAGUGGGCGUGACUGAUGAACAAGGUGUUGAUUCAUCCUCUGUUCCUCUAUUGGCUGUGGCUAUUAUCAAUCACUUGCGCCAAGGUCAUUGUUUGAAGAAACAAAAUCUUCCCGCGCCUGAUUUCUUCACUAAUUACAUCUUCUAUUCUCUCAACCGAACCAGUGACCUCCACAUCAUGGAUCUGCAACAGCUGUUACACCUUCUUGGUGUUGGUGGAGCUGGCUCAAACAAAUCCCAAGGCAGGAGAAUGAGGAGCACAACAGGACCGUCCGCCAAUACUUAUAAUCAGGAAUUACUAAGAGAAACCAGAGACUGGACGCAGAUGUGCUUCUCAGCUAGCCAGCUGCUGGACAUCUUUGUCCUAGAUCCUUUCACACCAAUCUCCAGAGAUCACUUCAAAGACAUCUGUCCUGCAAUAAUUCAACAGCUGCUGGGUGAUUCCUGUAACCCUACACAAUCAAUAGCUAGGAAAUCAGCACCAAGUGACAUUGAGAAGUAUGGUUACAGUUCAGUUGCUGUGUUGCUGAUCACGGUGGGUUCAAUGUUGGGGAUUUGCCUGAUCUUCUUUAGCUCCUGUCAGAAGACGUACAAUCUCAUCCUGCAGCUGUUUGUUGGGCUUGCUGUGGGCACACUGUCCGGAGACGCCCUGCUCCAUUUAAUACCAGAGAUCAUUGGCCUUCAUGAUGACAGCCAGGAUGAUGACCUUAACCUCAAACCAAAAGAAUACCUGUGGAAGAUCAUGGGCAUAAUCGCUGGGAUCUAUGGCUUUUUUCUUAUUGAAAGAAUAUUCUCAUUUGUGAUGUUAUCUCAUGGCCAUAGUCAUUCACAUGGCGUCUCUAUGGAGGCGAGCUGCAAUGGAGAAGGUCAGAGAGGGAAAUCAUUGUCUACCAUCCAACUGAGAACAUUAGAGGAGACAGAGUGCACAGAAAUACAGCCAGUGGAGCCUAGCAUCGACCCUGAUCAUCAACAGAAACAUGGCAUUUCACUGCUGGCUGCAAUGGUGAUAGUAGGCGACAGCCUCCAUAAUUUUGCAGAUGGUUUGGUGGUGGGAGCAGCCUUCUGCAACUCAGUCGAAACUGGCAUGGCAACAACGGUAGCUAUCCUGUGCCAUGAGAUUCCCCAUGAAAUGGGUGAUUUUGCAGUGUUGCUGAGCUCUGGUCUGUCAGUGAGGCAUGCUAUGCUCAUGAAUUUUGUCAGUGCCCUCACAGCCUUCAUAGGGCUCUACAUCGGCCUCUUUGUCUCCUCAGGAAUGGAGGUCCAACAGUGGAUCUUUACUGUCACAGCUGGAAUAUUUCUCUAUCUAUCUCUGGUAGAGAUGAUGCCUGAGAUGAGUAGAGUUUCCUCUCCACAUCCAUUUCUAAUAUUUAUUCUACAGAAUAUCGGGCUGCUGGGGGGCUGGGCAUGUUUACUGCUUCUAGCGCUUUUUGAACACAAACUCACUUUUUAACACUUACUGUACAGUAUGCGUGCACAGCAGAAUAAAAAUAUUAUGUUUUUAAGCCCCACGUUUUAGCCCCAACCAAAAGUUUCUGGAAGCAAAUGUACAGUUUAGUACUGCUGUGUCCCCAAUACCUAGCCCAGAACUAAACUACAUAUUUUCAUAGAUUUUUUUUUCCUGUGUGUGGCAGCAUAUUUAAUAAUAAAUCAUUUGUAACUGUAUGCCAAUGUUGAGUGGAUUCACAUACAUCAGGAGAAAAAGUAACAUGCUAUUCACAUGUAAUGUCACAACACACUGAGGCUGUAAUGCUUUUCUUGUUUUACCAAAAUCUUAAUGUAGUCUGAUUUAUCAAAACCUUCAGUACCAACAAGAGCACAAUGACCAAAACAAAUAGCACAGUUACAGUAGGUGCAUUAAAUAAUCAAUACGU